GCAACUACAAGUCCUCACUCCCCACUCUUCACUCUCCGCACCUCAAUUCUUUUUAUCUUUUCCGUCUCCAUUCCCAACCAACUUCUAUGAAACCAAACACGGCCAACGACACUGCUAGCAGCAGCGACAGCAACUCUCCCACCCCUCCUCCGUCACCGCCGCGCCACCCUACCAUCUCCCAAUGCCGCCGCCGCCUCCGUUCCAAGCCUCACUCAUUCUCCAAACGCGAAAGCAUCGGAACCGGCAUCAAUCUCCGCCGCAAUCUUCGCUACCUUUUACUGCUCCCCCUUCUGUACGUCUCUGGCCUUUUCAUGUGCGUCAGUCCUUUCUCCGGCCUCCUGCGCUACUCCCAGCCUCCUGGAUCCGUUUACCGUAGCCAUCAGAAUUUCGAGAGGCUGUGGGAUGAUAUCCGCUUUGAUAACUCCUCCGCAAUCGAGUUGUCCUCUGUGUGGAAAUACAAAAGGAGGGUGAAAGUCCAGAGACCAUGCCCGAAUUCAACUGCUGUAAAUCAUUUCCCUAUGAAUAAAGGGUCCCCUGGCCCAAGUGGCUACUUGAUUGUUGAGGCAAAUGGUGGUCUUAACCAACAACGUUCUGCGAUAUGCAAUGCAGUGGCUGUAGCUGGACUCUUAAAUGCAAUACUAGUCAUUCCUUGGUUUGAGUACAACAGUAUUUGGAAGGAUCCCAGUGAAUUUGGAGAUCUAUAUGAUGAGGACCACUUUAUAUCCAGCCUUAGAGGUUAUGUCAAUGUUGUUAAGGAGCUACCUGAUGAAUUGAUGGAAAGAUACGAUUACAACAUUACCAAUAUUCCAAGUUUUCGCGUCCAAGCAUGGGCUCCUGUUAAUUUAUAUUUGGGAGUUGUUUAUCCUGUUUUGAGAGACCAAGGGGUUAUCCGCAUUGGGCCAUUUGCUAAUAGAUUGGCAAUGAAUGUCCCACCUUAUAUUCAGUUACUUCGAUGCAUAGCAAAUUAUAGAGCAUUGAGGUUCUCUUCAGCAAUCUCAACACUUGCAGAGAGACUAGUCGGAAGGAUGGUUGAGAGGAGCCCACGGACUGCAGGAAAGUAUGUUUCUAUCCACCUCCGCUUUGAGGAGGACAUGGUAGCCUUCUCAUGUUGUAUGUAUGAUGGAGGUGAUGCUGAAACUGUGGAAUUGGAUUCCUUUAGAGAAAAGGGCUGGAAGGGGAAGUUUAAACAGAAGGGUCAUGUAAUUGUACCUUCUCUCAAUCGGAUCAAUGGAAAAUGUCCCCUAACCCCUGUGGAGGUUGGCUUGAUGCUACGUGGUAUGGGAUUUGACAACAACACUUCAAUUUAUUUGGCCUCGGGGAAAAUUUACCAAGCAGAGAAACAUCUGGCUCCUCUGAAAAAGAUGUUCCCACUGCUUUAUACCAAGGAGUCUCUUGCAACCCCUGAAGAGCUUGCUCCUUUCAAGGGGUAUUCUUCAAGGCUUGCAGCUAUAGAUUAUGCAGUAAGCUUGUUCAGUGAGGUUUUUGUUACAACUCAGGGUGGAAACUUUCCCCAGUUUUUGAUGGGCCACCGAAGAUUCCUUUUUGGACAUGCAAAGACUAUUAUCCCAGAUAAACGCAAGCUUGUGGUGCUACUAGAGGACAUGGCCAUCAGUUGGAAAGCUUUCAAAAAUCAGAUGGAAGUGAUGCUAACUGAAAGUGAUCACAAGGGGAUGAUGGUACCCAGAAUUAAAAAAAUCAACCGAAAAACAUCCAUAUAUGCAUAUCCGUUAUCAGAAUGUUCAUGUCUACAGCAAUAUCAUAAUUCAACACUCAAAUUGAGAUUGGCGGUGUGAUUGUUCUUGGUAUCCACUUCGUGUCAACAAUAACAAUGGAAUUUGCUGCUCCAAUAACUCCUAUACCAAUGCAAUCAUGGAUUGUCUACUUCCUAUCAUUUUUGCAGCUUUACCCUUGUGUUCAUGGUCUCUGCACUCCAUUAUCGUGUGAUCUGCUCUCUGAAGGUGGACCAGUGGAGCAUGUACAGUUUUCUUGAGUGGAGCAUCGACACCUUAUCCUCUGACAUUCGUUUGGUUUUCAUGUGGGGUCUGAUCACAUCCGCACAUUCAACAUUGAACAGCUGGUUUGAAGAGCAAGCUGCUGAAAUUUGGCUUGCCAUGUAGCAGCUACGAGUAGCAAACUGGUAGUUGAUUGAUAAUGUUCAACUAAGCUCAGCUGCAGCAGUGUUAUUCAUUGACUCUGAACGCUUGAACCAGAAUGACAUGGUUCCUUUGUUUUCCAGUAGUAGUUUGGGAAUGAAAUUUGUAGGAGGCUCCUCUGUCCUUGCCACCGUCAUCUAUCUUGUCUUCAAACUGUUUUCCAUUGAAGCUGUCUUUUAGUGAUUGGUUUUUCAUUUUUGUCCAAAUGUACAUGGACAAUAACUUUAUGAGAAGUCCUUAGUUUUAGUCCAA